ACUAUGUUCAUCCAUCCAUACGUGACACAUACACCUUCGCGGUCAUCUUCCUGGAUUCCUCUAAUGCGUUCUCCUUUUCUGCGAAACAUUCUUUUUCUCUUCUCUUUCGCCAUUUCCACUUAUUAUCCUUUCGAUUUGUCAUUUCCCUCUCGUGCAUCCUUCUCUUCUUGCUAUCUUUCUUAUGUUAGUGUCAAUCUAAUCAAUCAGAAAUGAAUAGUCAAUCAAACGAAACAUUAAUUUCUCAUUUCCAUUAGUCUAUUUGCUUAUCCGUCUCUUCGUUUUUCACCGUUACCAAUGACCUCUUAUUGCGUUACUGGAAAUGACGGAAGUCGAGUUCGACAGGUUGCGGUGGGGAUCGUUUGCUGAACAGUGGUCCUCUUGGUAGGCGCUCACUACGGUGAACGAUCAGUUUUUGGUAAGACUCUCUUCUCAGCGGAGGUCGGUGACCAAGAAACACUUGAGAAAUACUGGACUAAGAAGAAACAGCAGGAGGCUUUAUAUUAUUAAGUUUGUAGAAUUAACGGGCACAAGAUUUUCAUCGGCUGUUAGAAGAAAAGGGGUGAAUUCACUGCAAAAGAAUCGCAUUUCAAGUUUCCGCGUUCGGCGUUCACGUUUAUUUUCAACAAUUAUUACGUGAACGCGAUAUAUCAUGGCCAAUCUUAUACGACACGUAGUCAGCAAUUAUAAUGAAGUUCUGCAAAAUGUUAAAGAUCCAAAUGUGGAUUCAUGGCCUUUAAUGGGUUCUCCGGGUCCUAUGUUAUGUAUUGUGGGUACAUAUUUAAUAUUUGUAUUAAAAGCUGGUCCAAAAAUGAUGGAGAAAAGACCAGCCUUUCAACUUAAUACCGUUAUGAUAUUGUACAACGCAUUCCAAGUACUCUUCAGUAUCUGGUUAACAUCUUUGGCACUGGAUAUUGACAUUAGACACUUGAUUUUUUCUAAUGGAUGUAGUUUUCAAAAUCAUGGUUCAAAGGCUAACGACCUGCAAACAGCAUUAUCGCGAGGUGCAUGGUGGUAUUUCUUUGCAAAAAUCAUCGAACUUUUGGACACGGUAUUCUUUGUUCUGAGAAAAAAACAAAAUCAAGUAACUUUUCUUCACGUUUAUCAUCAUACCGUAACGGCUGUUUUCUCGUGGUGCUACUUAAAAUUGUUACCUGGUGAACAAGGUGUCGUCGUGGGUUUUUUAAAUUCUGUAGUUCACAUCAUCAUGUACAGUUAUUAUUUGAUCGCGGCGCUUGGCUCCAAAUAUAGGAAAUAUCUCUGGUGGAAGAAAUAUAUGACCUGGAUACAACUGCUGCAGUUUGGAAUAAUGUUAUUCUACUUAAUUCUGACUUUGGCCAUGGACUGCCGAAUGCCAAAAGCAUUGACUUAUAUGUUCUUGACAAACGUCAUAAUCUUCAUCUAUUUAUUCAGCGACUUUUAUCGAAAGGCUUAUAAGACAAAAGCAACUUAACGACGAUGAAAUAUGAAUAUGCAAAAAAGUAUAAGUACAUACUUAAUUGAAUUUAUGUACGCCUAAACGUUUUAAAUAAUAGGAACAUAAAAAGAUAAAAAACAAAAUAAGAUAACUGUAGCCCUGUGCACAGCAGUCAUCUUAUAAUUAUAUUCACUUUCACGACGAAAUGAUAUAAGAAAAUUUGUAAAUAAACAUAUACAUGUAAGGUUAAUGAUUAAGAUUUUAUAGUUUGUAAAAUGCACAUUUUUGAGGUUCUCAUUUAUAUGUACAUAUGUAUAUAUGUAUAAAUGACUCAAAUAUCUGCAUGUAUGUAGCGUAAUUUAAACAUUUUCGCAAAAACUGUUCACUAGAUUUAGCAUUUCAUAAUAACUAUCAACAUUUUCUGUACAGUCAAUUAUUAUUCAUAUAAUUUCCUACCUUAUUAUUUUAAUGUGUAAUUGUAUUUCAUAAAAACAUAUAGAUAUUAU